AUGGCGGCCGAACAGAGAAAACUGCUCGAGCAGCUAAUGGGCGGCGGCAUCUCCUCGCGCUCGGCACAACUCUCCCUCACCGACCCCAAAGUCUGCCGCUCCUACCUAGUCGGCACCUGCCCGCACGACCUCUUCACCAACACCAAGCAAGACCUCGGUCCCUGUUCGCGCGUGCACUCGGAGGCGCUAAAAGCCGAGUACGAAUCGCUUCCAGAGCAAGACAAGAAGAAGUACGGUUUCGACUACGACUACAUGCGCGACCUACAAAAGUACAUUGACGAGUGCAACCGACGGAUCGACGCGGCGCAGCGGCGGCUGGAGAAGACGCCCGACGAGAUCAGGCAGACGAAUGUGUUGCUGAAAGCCAUUUCCGACUUGGGCACCACGAUUGCCACAGGCCUCCUAGAGGUGGAGAUCCUGGGCGAGCUGGGCGAGGUGGGACGGGCGUAUGAUGAGCUUUUCCGGGUGAGACAGGCGCAGGCGCAGAAGAGCGAGAAGGAGAGGGAGCUAAAGGCGCUGAGCGAUACGAGUGGCCCCAGCGGUCAUCAGAAGUUGCAGGUGUGCGAUGUUUGCGGGGCGUAUUUGUCGAGGUUGGAUAAUGAUCGCAGAUUGGCGGAUCACUUCUUUGGCAAGAUGCAUCUGGGGUAUGCGCAGAUGCGGAAGACAUAUGAUGCGUUCCCGAAGGAGAUGCGUGGUCGUGGUCCCCAGAGGCCGAUGGGCGGCGGUGGUGGGGGGGAUGAUGAUAUGGGGGGUGUGCCGACGGGUCCGGGUGGCCGACACGAUGACUGGGGUAGAGGCCGUGGGCCUAGGAGUGGUGGUGGCGGUGGUGGUUAUCGUGGUCGUGGUAGACGUGGUGGGUGGUAG